UCCAUUGCUAUACAGCACUUGACAAUUUACACUCCGCCUAAUAUAACACCACUCCACCUUCGUACCAAGGAACCAAUCGGAGAACCAUCUUACACUUGAUCAACUAGCAUACAACAUCACAGUAUUCGCAAUGGAAGGGUCAUAUCACAUGCACCCAAUGCAAGCAACAUCAGCACCAUUCUUCUACUACAACCCCGACCCUCAGGGCGAGAGGACUAGCCAGCACGGUCACUUCACACCCCAGCCUGCAGGCCAACAGACAUUCCACCCACAGAUGUACUACCAAAGGCCAUCGUCUGCACAGUCGAUGUCCUAUCCUCAGACCGCAUACGCCAACCAGAUGAUGACACCCGUAGCAUCGCCUCAGCCAAUGUACCAGAAGCCAGCAAUUUUUGUCCAGCCCCAGGAGUCCCCAUUCCUCCAGACACUCGACACUGACUUCUACGCGCCUGCUACACCUCCUCUGUCAUCUUGCGGUAGCAACAUCAGCAGCCCGCCUUCCACAUACGACCUCCUGCCCACACCCGUUAAUGCUUUCUUCCCUGGUGAGGGCAUUGAGGGCGUCAAGCAGGGCUGCGAAGGAGAGGUGUUCGCUGAGCUUCUAUCCACUGGUGUUGAGUGGAGGUCAGCCACCCCACCUAUGACCCCAGUAUACAUCCAGCCUAGCCAGGGAUCAUACCUGCUCUCCGCAACUUCUUGCCCAUCGCUGUCUCCUUCACCUUCACCGCUGCCCCGCUCUUUCUCCGUCGAAGCUGAGAACAACUUUUGCAACCCCAGGGAUCUCACUGUCUCUGCUUCCGAGCAGCUGACUCUGUGCCCCGUUGACGAGGAGCACAAGCUUGUCUUCAAGGGUGAGGUUGCCAAGGUUGACGAGGUUGAGUCCACGUUCACCUUCACCGGGCUGCCAACCUUCGAGCCCCUGUUCGAACUUGACUGCGAGGACGACUUCACCGGCCUUGUUGCCUUCCCCAACUCCGAGAUCCAGCUUCCUGCCGGCAAGCGACAGCACACCGUCCCCUGCACCCCUGAGGAAGAUUUCGUAAGCGACGAGAGCUUCACCGACUUCGAGGAGGACCUCAGCCUGCCCCUGACCCCCGCCGAGACCGAAGACGACAACAUGUCCGUUACGCCCAAGAAGCGAUCCAUCAAGAGGGCGCGCUCUGAGCAGAGCGAGGCGGAGUCAGACUACCAGGGUAAGCAUCAGACAUCCGGUGAUGAUAACGCCGCGUCUGGAGCAUCAAGCCAACAGAAUUCAGAUCAAGCAUCGAACCACAACGCUGCCAACUCCAGCUCUGAGGAGAACGUCUCCGCAUCUGUCGCUCCUUCCAGCCGUCGCGGCCGCAAGCAGUCGCUGACCGAGGAUCCCUCCAAGACCUUCGUCUGCACCCUCUGCUCGCGCCGCUUCCGUCGUCAGGAACACCUCAAGCGUCACUACCGCUCUCUCCACACUCACGACAAGCCUUUCGAGUGCACCGACUGCGGUAAGAAGUUCUCUCGCAGCGACAACCUCUCCCAGCACCAGCGUACCCACGGCACUGGCGCUAUGGUCAUGGGUGUCCUCGACAGCUCUGAGCUUCGCCAUGAGAUCCCUCAGCAACAUCCUGGGUCAUUCGACAACCAGGACCCUGCCAUGAUGGGCCGCAUCCUCUAUGAUGCUGCUGCCGGUAUUUCCAGCUCAAGCUCUGACUCAUACUCUGACCUCGAGCCAUCGCCGCUGAAGAUGCGCAGCAAGAGGAAGCGUGACGAGUAGACGGUUCUUCGGCCUCUUCUCCUUUCGGCUCUUCUAACGAACCUUCAUGACCCAGGCUCGAUAAAGGACUUCAUCAAUACCCGGCGGCUGCUCGUCACCAUCACGUCGUUAUGCUAGGCGACACAGCUAGACAGGCGGCACAGGUUUAUAUUGGCGACUCGGGUGUAUUACCUCGACGUUGCGGCAA